AAUUUCGACGCCUCCGGGACGAGUCACGAAACGAAAGUGAAUGCAUUGGAAUCUAAACAAAACAUAUCUUACGCUCUUCCAAUGAACAUAUGAGACAAUUUCAAGUCUUUGUGUGAAUUUGAAUCAAUUGGAGAACUUGCCAUCCUGUAGAAAUGACUGACUCUACAGAAAAAGAAACAUUGCAGCUCGUGACCAACAUGUCCCCCUCAAAGAUCACCCAGUAUUUUGAGGCUAAAAAGUCUAGAAGAAGAGGUGCUGUCAAAGCUGAGAAAAGCAAAGAGGCUGUUAUCGAAGCUGGGUCGGUGUACCUCACUCCAGAGUCGUCUCCGGGCAACACCAUCAAAGAAGGGAUGGGAAAAGACCCUGAGAUCACUCCAGGGCUCUUACAUAGCGUUACUGGAACUGAUGGGAGCACCACACAUUCUCAACAAAAUGGAAUCGUUUCGGAUCCACCGAGAGUUCGUCAAAAGUCUAACCCGUCCUCGGCUGGAAAGACUGCUUCAGAAGUUGGGGGGAGCAUUGAAAAUUCAAACCCUGCUAGGUGCAUUUCAUCUUUAGUUGAUGACUUAGACUUACAAGUCAACCCUAUUCAGGAUGUUCCUAGUACAAAACCUAUAGCUUCACCAACUAAAUCAAAAAAAGACAAUGUUUCAGCAUUUUCCGGUGAUUCGUCUGUUGCAUCUCCAUCCAUUCCGAGGUCGAAACUCAGGAAAAGUGCUAAAUCUGGACAGUCCAUGGCUUCAGCAGGUUCAGAACCUGUCAAACCGAAGCCUGGAAGAAGAAAAAAAAAUGUUGUGGCCCAAGUGAAUACUAUAACAGACUAUUUCCCAGUGCGACGCAGUAGUCGGCAAACUAAAUCAGAGAUUGAGAAGGAGAAACAUUCCCUACUGGAGAAGCUGAUAUUGUCCAAGUGUGAAGAUGGAUUAAAGAUACAAGACUUUGACAACAAAGGUAGAGGAGUGGUGGCUACGAAAAAUUUUGACAAAGGUGAUUUUGUUGUGGAGUAUGCCGGAGAUCUUCUGGAUAUACCAACAGCCAGAGAGAAAGAAUUGGAGUAUGGAAAGAAUCCUGAAAUUGGAUGCUACAUGUACUUUUUCAAAUGUGGAGAAAAGCAGUACUGUGUGGAUGCCACUGCUGAGAGUGAUCGCCUGGGUCGCCUGCUUAACCAUACCCGCGAGGGCAACUGUUGCACCCGCGCCCUGAUGGUGGAGGGGAUCCCUCGCCUCAUCCUGGUCGCACAGCGCGACAUCAAGGCGGGCGAGGAACUCAGCUACGACUACGGCGAUCGUAGCAAAGCAGCGUUGGAGGCCCACCCGUGGCUUAAGUCUUAGUAAAGCGCUAGUGCUAGCUCUUUCAGACAAUAAUGAAAUGGUCCCAUUUUGAAAAAUAGUCUCAGUGAAUUAAUGCUGCUCACUCUCAGUUAGGAGCUGUAUUAACCACAACUCAUACUGCUCGUUCUCACAUAACGCACACACAUAUACACAGAUUUAUGCACACAAAGACACAUAACUCACACACAUACGCGCACACACAUACGCACACACACACACCUCCUUCCCUCGUGAAUAACAACUUCCAGUGAGGCAAACAAGCUAUUUCGAGACUGAUCUCUUUCACUCUCCAUUAUGACCUUUAUCGUGGACAAGUAAAAUGGAGAUGUAGUACAGAGGGAGGGACCACUUCAUACAUUGAGAGGCUUUUUACUCCACGAGGUUGUCUUGCCACUCUGAGAAAUUGUCUCAACAAGAAUUUUAUCCCAAUACAUGUUUUGAUCUUUUACUCAGUUAACUAAAAUUUGCAAAUUUGAUGUUGUGGUGAAAGUCUUGUCAUUGAUAUCAUAUUUCAUGGAUGUUUUUCUAGGGUUUUUUGUUUUAGAAUUUAUUAACCUCAAUGUUUGCCAAUACCUCAACAAUGGUGUGAUCUCCUGAUUCUGCUUCCUCUUCAUCUCCUUCCUCUACGACGGUCAUUGAGGAUGAAUCGAGUAGGUUAUGGGAGGCCACUUCUGGUAAGGUCCAACUUCUGUACUUUUUCUCUCUCUCUCUCUCUCUCUCUCUCUCUCUCUCUCUCACUCACUUCAUCUCUCUCUCUCUGUCUCUCCAUCUCUUUCUCUCUGUCUCUCUCUCUCUCCUGCCAGUCCCUCUCCCUCUGUCACUCUCUCACUGUUUAUCCAUUUUCAUUUAUUCAAGAAAAUCUGGGAGGUUGUAAUAUUUUCCCUAUUUCCAUUUUCCUUUUCCGGUGCCUUAAAUGGGCAGUGUCCUAAAAGUAGGAUGAUGUCACUGUACCUGAUUUUGGCAGCUGUGUGGGAGAUCUAUUGUGGUUCCCCCAAUCCCUAGGGUGAAUCUAGUCAUGUGGGUCAGCGGUUGUGAAAAAAUUAGAAUGGAGAUUUUUGUGCUGCACAUAAUUGCUUGGUAUAAUUAUAAUGAAAUACAUCCCAACAAGGAGUAAGUGAGUGGAUCUAAUCCAGUGGUUAGAGGCUGUGACAGAUAAGGAAUGGACAGUUGGAUGCCCGUAAUUUCUUGGUUUGAUAGUUAAAUACAUCUCAACAAGGGGAAGCCAUCUCUUUUAUGUACACUUUUCUGAAAAUUUACUUUCUACCCCUCCUGAUUUUUUUUUUCUUGUAGUUGUAGGCCAGAUGAGUUUAAAUUUUGUUUUCUUGACUGUUGAGGGUGCCUUCUAUUUCAAACCUUAAAAGCAUUUAAUAUAGCAAAAACUUGUGAAAUCAAAAUGUCUAGGGUUGAUAGGCUUAUAUACAGUUGCACAUGAAUGGAGAUUUGUUAGUUGUUAUAUAGAUAUAAGAUAAGAUAAGAUACAUCUUUAUUGUCCAGAUCCUGGCACAUUGGUUUGGUGUUCCACCACAAAUAAACACACACACACACACUCACACACACACACACACACACACAUGUGCACACACAAGUAUCAUGUGUCUGUAUUGAAAGUAAGAAAAGGAAACCAACGGGUUGUAGUAAUAUUAUGUCUAAUUUAUAGUCAUGAAAAGAUGCAAUAGUAUAACUAUAACUCACUUAAGACUCUUAGAAAUAUACAAAGAUAUUGUAUUUCAUAUUUUUCAGCUCAUGUACAGGUCUUCCUUUUCCAAGAGGGCAUUGAUCACAAAACGUGUUUGAUUAAUUCAUUCAGUACCAUAAUAACGACCAAAACUGCGUGCCGCGAGGGUAGCUACUAAAGAACUUUUGCCAAACUUUAAUGCGUGGAUUUGUCCCAUGCUCUUGCUUUUUUCUGACGUGCAGAAGUCUACGUUUGCAUGGUGGUUGUAUUUGUUAUACAGUAAGAUAAGAGAUAUAUUUGCUAUUCGUCAUUAAACUCUAUUCAUUUCUAUAUGUGAUGGUAUUAUUUUUUUCAGUAUAGGUGCUCUGGGCCAUUUUCAGUGAUUUUUCAAAGAUACACACUACAUGAAUAAAUAAUAGUUUUUACCCUUUGCAUGGUCCUGAAGCAGAUUUUCACUUUGGUACCAGUGGCACUGAGUGGGUUAAGUGUAAUAGGAUUUUUCUCUUAAAUAUGUAAAUAUUGUAAAUUAGAAACGCAUGCUUUGACUUGUACUGAGAUGUGUAUGCAAGCAGGUGGGGGUUAGAACGCAUCUAUUUUUUAAUUUGGCAGGUCCUCUGUCUGUGUGCUGUGGAUGUUAAAAUAUUGACUCAAAUGUGCGAUGAUCUGGUUGAAGAAAAUGGCGUUGGUUCUAUCAUUACCCCUGAGAAAGUCACUUUAGGCCGUAUGUCCACCAAAGCUGAAACGACCCAAUUUUUUGUCCGGAAGAAGCUGUUCAGUCUGUGUGUUUCUGGCUUACGUGUUCUCCAACAAACUGGCAGUUUAGAAACGACAGGACUUAACUAUUGGCCAACUUAAUUUGCCAGUUGUGUGUUCUUGAUCAUUGUCAUAGCCUUGUCGCUGUACUUUUGGCCACCUUUUUCGUGAAUAAACUUGUACUAGUGUUUAAAUAUUUCUACUAUCAGUUUUUUGUCUUCCAUUUUUUCCAACUGUUCUCUUCAAACUCAAAGUAAGAUCUGACUGAGUAACAAAUUCCACACUAGGUACUAGGUAGUAAGGUAGGCCUUUGCAUGGCAGGCCACAGUCAAAGUCAAAGAUGCCGUUUUUCCACAACCUCAUCAAUAAGUUACAAAGUUUGUAUUCUCUACAUGGAAAGACAAAAUACACCUCUGGAACGAGUUUCUUUUCUGUUGUUUGUUUCAAACCAGUGACGUAUUUAAAAGAUAUUUUCUUGCGCUUGCUUUUUGCGUGAAACUAUAUUGGUUAAUUUGCCAUUAUGCAACUGACAAAAUGAUGUCACCAGCUCACAGAAUUUUCAAUGAUUGCUAAGUUAAAAACCAGUGCUCCAUUUCAACUAUUGACGUGUCAGGCAGUUUCUGCUUGGUGGACACGCAACCUUACACAAACUUCCCUCACUUCACAUGGGUGAGAAUAGGUACCUGGUUAUAGACAGUGAAAGAUCUUGUCAGUUUGUUUGCAUUUUAGUGCAUGUAAUCUACAGCUUGCACUGUAUGCUUCCUGGGAAGCCAAGAAUAUUUUAAGUGUUCUAGGGUUUGCUUGAUUAAUAAUCCAGUGGUGUCCACCUGACAGCAACCCAGAUAAGAGAAACCUCUUCUCAUUAGCAACAAAUCUUUUAUAACGGAAUUUUCCUACAAAAAUGAACCCUUAUGCGUUGCGAGCGCUGUAAAACCCUCUACUA